AUCUAUGGCUCUACUUGUCUGUUGUUCAUUCAUUAGAAAAAGGGGUAUUGUCUUGUCAGGGAGGCUCUUGAUCAGUUCCUAGUAAACAUGGCGGGUUACUUAAAAGCUCUAACGGCCGUGUCAAGAAGUACAGCUGCUGUUCUCACGCGAAACUCCGCAGUGCUCUCACCGGCAGCCGUCUGCUACCAUAGGCGGCAACAGAGGAACUAUGCCACAAAGCGCAUCAAGGUGGACAAGCCGGUGGUGGAGAUGGACGGAGAUGAGAUGACGCGAAUCAUAUGGGAGUUCAUCAAAGAGAGGGUACAUCGAUCAGAGUCGUAA